AUGCAGCGGGCUGGCAGCCUUCGGCGGCCCCGGGGCUUCUUCGUCUCGCCUGCACAAGAGAGGCUGCGGCGGCAGCAGCAGCAACAGCAGCAGCUGCUGCUGCUGCUGCUCAUAACAGCAGCAGCAGCAGCAACACCUGCAGCAGCAGCUCCCCUAGCAGGGGCCUCCCCCUUGGCCCCCUUCAAUGCCUGGGGGGCCCCCAGGGAGCUGCAGAGGCCUACGGGGGGCCCCAGGGGCCCCCCCAGGGGCCCCCAGGCCUUCAUCUGCUGCCAGUACCCUCUAAGCUUAUUUGCUGCACCUCCAGUUGGCAGCAGUUUCGAGCCUGUGGGCUGUCUGUACACCGCAGGCACCAGCAGCAGCAGCAGCAGCAGCAGCAGCAGCAGCAGCAGCAGCAGCAGCAGCAGCAGCAGCAGAAGUGUAGCAGCAAAAGAAAGAGACCCGCGAAGAAGCACUAGACGUUUUGGCUUCUCCGUCCUGCUAAACCCUGAAGCUGCCACAAACAGUCAAGAACUCGAACAAAUGCACUUUGCUGCUGCGCGGCUGUUUCUGCGGCUGUGGGCGGAAAGCGGAGUGCAGCGGGAGCUGCGGCGGAGGUGUCGAUACACCCCGCGAGUCACCCGCGGCCAGGGCGGCCGCCGGCUGGUGCUGCAGCGGCGGCUGCAGCAGCGGCUGCUGCAGCAGCAGCAGCAGCAGCAGAGCAGCAGAAUCAACUGGCAGGAGCCGCUGCAGCUCAAGGCCCACCACUUGGAGCGCCUCAUUGCUGCGCUCAAGGAGAAUGCGGAGUUCGAGCAGCGCAAGCUGCAGCAGCAGCAGAAGGAAGCAGCAGCAGCAGCAGCUGCUGCUGCUGCUGCUGCUCCUGCUGCAGCACAGGGGCGCUCGUAG